AUGAAAGAAGUGCCAACAUCCGAGACAUCUAUAUGUGAUCUCCUCCUUCUCGAUGUCUGUCCACUUGGUCUUGGCAUUGAAGAUAUUCAUGGUCAAAUGCACACACUUAUUCGUCGUAAUACAACAAUUCCAACACGUACACAAUUCUAUUCAUUGUUCACAAAUGCUUAUGCCUAUCAAACAACAGCUACCAUUCGUAUAUUUGAAGGCGAGCAUAAUCAUACAAAACACAAUAGUCUCUUGGGCGAGUUUAGUCUUUCUGGCCUAACAAGCAAUUAUGCUGCUCAGACACUCGAAAUCUCUAUUCGCAUGGAUAUUGAUGCUAAUGGUAUACUUCGUGUCGAUGCUGAAGAAGCACGUUCAGGUGCCAAAGCUUCCUUUACUGUCACACCCAAUGGUCAACAAAGUACAAUAAUUAUAUAA